ACUCCAGCGCGGGGAACGGACGCCUGCGCAUGCUCCCCGGGACUCUGAGCGAGCAGCACGGUCCGCGGACGCCCCGCCCUCGCCCUCCGCGGGCCCAGUGCGCCUGCGCGUAGGGGGAGCAGAGGCCUGCGGGGAGGGUCUGGUCGCGCCUGCGCAGAGCGACAGCUUCUCUCGCGAGGACGGACGCCAUUAUCGCAGCUCCCCGACAAACACCACGAGAAUUCCGCAGCCCACACGGUCUGGGAACCCAGUCCCGUGGGUUGGAUUCGUGCUCACUGGCGGGCCACUCUUCUGUCCUUCUGGAUGAUGUCCGAGCAGGACCUGGCGGAUGUGGUCCAGAUUGCGGUGGACGACCUGAGUCCCGACCACCCAGUUGUUUUGGAGAAUCAUGUAGUGACCGACGAGGACGAGCCCGCUCUGAAACGCCAGCGGUUGGAAAUCAACGGCGCGGGCGCGGGCGCGGGCUCGUUCCUGUACUCCAUUAACCAGACCAUCUGCCUGCGGCUGGAUAGCAUCGAGGCCAAGCUGCAGGCGCUGGAGGCCACCUGCAAGUCACUCGAAGAGAAGCUGGACCUGGUCACAAACAAGCAGCACAGCCCUAUCCAAGUCCCCAUGGUGGCCGGCUCGCCUCUCGGUGCCACUCAGACAUGCAACAAAGUGCGAUGCGUCGUCCCCCAGACUACAGUAAUACUCAACAAUGACCGGCAGAACGCCGUUGUAGCCACGAUGGAAGACCCCUUGAGCAGCAGGGCACCGGAUUCCCCGGACAGUGUCCUUAGCAACGCUGUGCCGGGGCGUCGGCAGAACACCAUCGUGGUGAAGGUGCCAGGUCAGGAGGACAGCCACAACGAGGACGGCGAGAGCGGGUCCGAGGCCAGCGACUCCGUGUCCAGCUGCGGCCAGUCGGGCGGUCCGAGCGUGGGGAGCAACGUCACCCUGAUCACCUUGAACUCGGAAGAGGAUUACCCCAACGGCACGUGGCUGGGUGACGAGAGCAACCCCGAGAUGCGGGUGCGCUGCGCCAUCGUCCCCUCCGACAUGUUGCACAUCAGCACCAACUGCCGCACCGCCGAGAAGAUGGCGCUGACGCUCCUGGACUACCUCUUCCACCGCGAGGUGCAAGCCGUCUCCAACCUCUCUGGCCAGGGCAAGCACGGCAAGAAGCAGCUCGACCCGCUCACCAUCUACGGGAUCCGCUGUCACCUCUUCUAUAAGUUUGGAAUCACGGAAUCCGACUGGUAUCGGAUCAAGCAGAGCAUCGACUCCAAGUGCCGGACGGCGUGGCGGCGGAAGCAGCGUGGCCAGAGCCUGGCGGUGAAGAGCUUCUCGCGGAGGACACCGUCCUCCUCCUACAGUGCGUCAGAGACCAUGAUGGGCACCCCGCCGCCUGCCAGCGAGCUCCAGCAGCCACAGCCCCAGGCCUUGCACUAUGCCCUGGCCAACGCCCAGCAGGUGCAGAUCCACCAGAUCGGCGAGGACGGACAGGUCCAAGUAGGACACCUCCACAUCGCCCAGGUGCCUCAGGGGGAGCAGGUGCAGAUCACGCAGGACAGCGAGGGCAACCUCCAGAUCCACCACGUGGGGCAGGACGGACAGGUGCUGCAGGGGGCCCAGCUGAUUGCUGUGGCCUCUUCGGACCCUGCCGCGGCGGGAGUGGAUGGGUCACCUCUUCAGGGCAGUGACAUCCAGGUGCAAUAUGUGCAGCUGGCACCAGUGAGUGACCACACGGCCACCGCACAGACAGCCGAGACUCUGCAGCCCACCCUGCAGCCCGAGAUGCAGCUUGAACACGGAGCAAUCCAGAUCCAGUGAGCGGGCGCUGACCUCCCUAGGAUUGCGCCCUGCCUGGUGCCAGCCCCUGCCAGCCCGGCCUCUGCGGGCCCGUACCUGCUGUGCCUCCACACAGGAGACCCCGCACCUGUCCUGUGAAGGUGCAUCUGCCGGCCGCCGCCUCCCCGGGACUAGCCUCGUAACUCGGAGAUCGUAAGGCCCAUGUGCCGCCCCAUGGAGACCCGUCCUCAGAGUCCUGCUGUCGGUGUCCAGGCAAGACCUCGCAGUGCAUCGUACUCUGGUCACACAUGCAGGUCAAGAACGAUGAUAUUUUUCUGUUAAACAGCUUUUUUAAUUUGCUAUGGUGUUUAUAACAAAAAAGAAAAAAAUACAAAAAACCCCCAGGAACAGCAGAGGAGUCGUGAGAGCCGUUUGUGUGUGCCCUGCUCCGUGUGCAGAAGCAGGCGUGUGCAAGACAGCCGGCAGUUUGGAUGGAAAUAUUGCUUAUCUACUUUUCUAGAGGGACAUGCUCUCAGAUGCUGUGAUUAUGCAUUUCUAACAAAAUAAAAUGUAUUUAUGGCCACA